CGUUUCGAAAACCCUGAUUUGGCUUUUGGAUAUGCUCUGUAGCUCCAUCUAACGUCAUCAAAUACUGGACGUUAUUCAUGCGUGACAACAUUUGUUGUGAACUGGUAAAGUUGCGCCGAUCUGCCUUUUUGCUGUCGCUAUACAUGUAAAAAUGGCGAUCAAGCACAACAAUAUUAUAGCAAAUAACCACUUCCACAAAAAGUGGCAGACCAGAGUAAAAUGUUGGUUUAAUCAACCAGCAAGGAAGAAGAGACGUUAUAAUAGGAGAUUGGAAAAGGCAAAACAUAUUGCUCCAAGACCUGUGAAAGGCCCACUUAGACCAGUUGUAAGAUGCCCAACAAUCAAGUACAACACUAAGAAGCGAUUAGGACGUGGAUUUUCCUUGGAGGAGCUGAAGGCUGCAGGAAUCAACAGACAUUUUGCUCAGACCAUUGGCAUUUGUGUUGACCAUCGCAGGCGUAACCGAUCAUAUGAGUCGUUGCAAGAAAAUGUUCAAAGAUUGAAGGAAUACAAAUCAAAAUUGAUCUUAUUCCCCAAGAAGGCAAGCCAGCCCAAAAAGGGAGACAGUUCGGCUGAAGAAAUAAAGAUGGCUUCACAAUAUGAGGGAACUGUUCUUCCUAUGAAACAGAAAUUCACUCGUGAGAAGGCAAGAGCCAUCACUGAUGAAGAGCGUAACCAUUCUGUUUUCCAAGCUAUGCGUAUGGCUAGGUCAAACGCAAAAUUGCAUGGCAUUCGGGCCAAGAGAAAGAAGGAAAAGGAAGAAGCUGCUGCACAAGCUGCUCCCAAGAAAAAAUAAUUUAUACCUGUGCUUGUUUACUAAUUGUGCCACAUGUGGUUAUAUUGUAUGAGAGUAUAAAGGUAUGGACCCUCCAGA